AUGGAUAUCCCAAGGUUAAUAGCGGCCUUGUUACUUGUUUCCAUGGUAACACAGCCGUCACUCAGCGCACUUCUGUCCUACGAAGCCCAAGAUACAGUUCUUGAUCUAAUGACCGAGAAAGGCUUCAGUGGCCUGGUAACCACCAACCUGCUAAAGAAAGACGGACCUCGGCCUAUUUACCGCAAGGACCUGGGCACUAAUCAUAUUGCCUACUAUGAAAUCCUAAGCGGUGACGGGAAGGAAUUCUAUCUUCUGUCUGCUGGUUCCAAAACCGGUGAUAACCGGUUUGUAGAGAGCGGUGAGAUCAAUGCUACUGCUCAGCAAUACCGUCCAACUGAUGCGCUAAACAUUCAAGCAAGAAAGAAUGGCCAGAGUUGUUACAGGCAUUACCGUCUUAGCCAGGCUGGGUUGUACAUGUGUGAAGACCAGCGUGGAACUCCUGUCGCCGCCACGUAUAAUUGGACUUCAAACGCGCCGGUUAGUCUGUGGUUUUUGAAGUUUUUGAUAUUAAAGGGGUAUUUGUAGGAUUACAACAUUUUUCUCUACUUUCGCUACAAAAAUAAUGACGGCCGUGAUACCUUUAAGAAAACUGACAAUCAUCAGCAAGACAGCCCAGGGCUGUAUGCAGGCAGACGACUUAUUUUUAUGAUUAUGAUUAUGAUCAUUAUAUUAUUAGCAGUUCUUCAUUUAUUUAUUUAUUUAUGUUUGUUUGUUUUCGAUGCAAAGCUUCGUGGUUAAUUUUACCUUGGUAUGCGAUUAAAUAAAUAAUAUUAGUUUCCUCGUGGUCAGUGCCAUACAUGUAGCCAGUUACUUCAUUGUUUGUCUUAUAACAGAGCCAGCCCAUAUACUAAAUAUUAAAAAGCAACAUACUGAUUUUUGUACCAGUCUAUUUAUUUUGUUUCAUUCAUAUUGGAUAAGUUUUUCUUUCUCAGAAUCCUUUUUCUCAAACAAAAAUAGCAAUCUAAAAAUAAUAAUCAGUAUACAAGAGUUAACUGAGAUUCAAGCAAAAAAUUGCGAACUUUUUUCUUGAAUUUUGUACAAUAUUUUCGUUAUUUUUCUAUGAGCACGACGGAAAGAAGCACUGCUGUUUAAGCCCAGGAACAGAGACUGGAAAUAAGUUGUGUAUUCGCUUUCAGAUUAAUACCUCGCAGUGGAAAAGUUUAGCUGGAAUGGUAAAGUUAAGCCUUGUAGACUUUAACAAAGAAUGGAAAGAGCUCUCGUACGAAGUUGGCGAGGAAGGUGAAUGGGGGAGCCUCAAGUACACACAGAAUGUAAAGAAAGAAGAAAGAUACGGAGAAGAUGUUUUGGAGGCAGGAUCUAAAGCCAGGGUGUCUCUGGGAUUGCGCUCCCAGUCUAAGGUAUCUCCAAGGAUACUGUUCUCUGGUACAGGUGGCAAAAAAAGUGAUCUUGCAAGCGCUGAAUGGCAGAAGAGACUUUGUCAAGUUCUGAGGAAUGGUGAGAUGUGGCUUUCCAAUAAAUCGCAGAUUUAGGCAUGAGAGAUUUUAAGACACUUUCGUCCCCAGAGGCUGCGAUCCUGUUGUUUAGGACGCUGACCAAAAAGGAACGCGGCCUCUGGGAACGAGGAUGAUAGCACGACGGCGACAGCGGCAAAAACAUCACGUGAUCACUACAAAAGUGAAUUCGCGUUCGUAGAUACUUCAUCAUGAUUAUUCUAAUUUGCUCGUGACUCUGUCAAUCCUAGGCGAACUCUCCUCAGUGGAGUUCAAAGAAUAAAGAAUCUGCUGUUGGGACAUGAUAUUACGAGAAAUAUUCUUCAUCACCAGGGGCCAAUUUGAUAAAACUUUUACACGAUGUUUAAUUAAUUUUAAUACAACUGUGCCUAUUGUUUUAAGGUCUAAAAACAACAGCUACACUUGUAAAUUACCCUUGUUAUCACGGUUAUAUUAAAUUGACCCCAUUUUUUCGAACGUCACUGAUACCGGGUUCGCGACAGGAUGGGUUCCGCUCUGUGCAACGUUCGAGAAAUUGUUUUCUCUGUAAUCUCAAGGAGAAAACAUAUGCAAGUCCCGAAAGAGAGAGAGAAAACUGAUUCGUCAGUAACGGAUAACAAAUGUACCAAAGAGUGUGAUGCGCGUGCGAUGUUAUUGUUUUGUUAUUGCUGUUUUGAUGUUCUUGUUGCCGUAAACUGGGAGGAGUGUAAGCUUAGAGUUUAGGGGGUAGGGGGUAGGGGUAGAAACUGGUCAAGCAAAAAGCUUUCCUGUCCCCCACCCCGCGCUUCUCGUGCUCUGCAUUGAUAUUCGCGUCCAGUUCCUGGUUAACCCCUUAUCCCAAACUAAGAACGAAAGCAAAACAAGAAUAGUAAUAAAAUUGAGGUGCAAGAAAAAUUUAUUAUGUGAUAUUUCUUAAACAUAAUGUACAAGAGCACAACGAUAAAGAGUUAAACCUGCAAGAAUUUUGGAAGUAACCUUUUAUGAUUGUCUUGGUCAAAAAUUGCUCGUAAUCUGUCAAAUAUAAAAUGGUGCAAUGGUUUCUGUAAUGAAUUGUUCUCAUGUUUAUUUACUGUACGUAAAUUUCAGUUUGUACCGGUCGCGACCUGACUGUGGUGAACAGCCAACUAUUUUUCGUCGCUCGGAAUGGUAUUAAUUAUUUUGAGCUGGCCAUUCACCAAGAUCACCUUACAGUACAGAAAGUGCUCAUGAACACAGACGUCAGUUUUAGGAUUCAAGUGACUCUAGCCGAUGGAACGGUGGUAGAAAAACGUUUUGGCAUAGAGACGAACUACACCUCUCGGACCAAACGUUGGAGUUCUUGGUCCUAUUGGAGUAUCUACUCCCCGCAUUUGUUUCCAAACUACAACCAACACAGAUGUUGCGGAUGUUAUAGUGGCUGCGGACCAGUGGCCUGGGCACAGAUAUUUGCUUAUUAUGACAGGUAAAACUCGUUAUUAGCGUAUCGCCCCAUUCUCGUCCCCGGAGCCCCUCGUUCAUCUUGGUUACAAAUUAAGCCGAGUGGCUUGGGGACGAGAAUACGUAUCGCUCCAUAUAAGGUAGUCCGGCUACAUUUUACCUGUGGAAUCUGAAACCUUGGGUGUUGGAAUCAGGAAUUCAGCUCAGGAUCCCGGAAUCAAGUACCUGGAAUCUAGACUCUACAGAGUGAAAUCCCUGGAAUCCAGUAUCCAAGAGCUUCCAAGGCUCUCUUGGAUGAUAUCCUUACACAGGGCGAAGUGUGUUUUAUCUCCCGCAACUUCAUUAGAUAAGAUUUUUCUCUACCUGGCAUUCGAAGGAAGCCUCUUUGACAGUACUUUCACAUGAUACUACUGUUUAUAUUUCUUGUUUUACUGCACAAGGAUUCUUUAAACUUCAUUGGGUCUGUAGACAAAAUCCUAUUGGUGAUGUGACCAUUCAAAUGAAAGUCACUGGGCAGAGCUUUUACCUGAAGCUAUUUGUUUUCGGUUAGCGCCGAUCCUGCCUUUAGCUAUGUAUUUAAAAUCAGGGCGUAUAAGUUGUCAGUGUGGGUAACCCAGGAUUUUCGCUAGUGUUACUCGUAACAACCAGCUGAACUGAUCACUUCUACGCCAAAUGGAAGAAAACCUUGGCCUCACUUGUCUUCAUUGACGAACUUAUCCUUAUUUAUUUAACAGAUUGGCACAUCUCUCGUCAUCAUACGGAUAUAAUAAGAAGCUCUAUCAAGGCUUUUACGGUGUUUCUGGGAGCUCUGCAUACCAGCCACCGGGGUACACUGUAAGUAGAUACUCAUAGGCUUGAAACAAAUUAUCUAGCGCCCAGGCCUCAAUUGAUCAAAGGGUGUAUAACGCCGCUAUCCACUGAAUAAAUCCCUAUCCGGUGGAUAACGCAAUUCGUUUCCCUCAAAAAAAUAUUUUUUCCCUCAUCAAAAUGUUCAAAACUCAAGUGCAGCCACGAGCCGCAAUGACAUGACAUUGACAGUUUUUAAGGCCAUUUCCGUUGAACUUUCUCGGAAGAUCACCUGCACGAGAAAGAAAACCAAAUAGCCGAACCAUGACGUCAUUCCAUGGUUUGUACUCUUAUCGAACAUAGCUCUCGACCAAUUAGCGCGCUAGAAAUCGCUUGUGCCGAUGGAAAACGCGCACCGAUGGAUAACGCUAUUCAACGUUUGAAAAACCAGGAUCAGAUUUCAAACCUUGAGUUGCGGCCUCCUUUGUCUUAAAUCUUUUUCGUAUCUUUAUCAAACAGCCCAGAUAUUACGUUGAAAAUAUCCGCGCCCAGGUCGAUACUUUCUGCUUAUUUGGAGGCGGAGCGACAACACACUGGGAUAUGACCGACAGCAAACUGUGGAACUGGUACCUAGCCCGACAGAGUCCCCUGGGAGGUAGCCUGUCGUCCUACACGAGUUGGUGGUCCAGUCUCCCUGGGAUAUAUCGCCCUUGGAUCAGAAACUCCGCAAUCAAUGCCGUCAAGGCCCGGUAUCCUGCCAUCGUGGGGAUCUGGGUCGGCUCAUCUCAGCAUUACGCCGUUGCUACUAGAUACCGAUCAAGGUGAGAAUGUUUAAGUGAUUUAUGUGGCUGAGAUAAAGUUAAAUUCAAGUCAGUUCGCCCAGUUGUAUCUAUCGAGUGCCACGUGACCUACCCGACACCUUGGCGGUUGCAUUUAUGCACACUAGAUCAUACGUUCCUUCACACUGUAUUUCAGAUGAUUUUCUAUUGAACUUGCACGCUAUUCCAGUAAGACAAAGGACCAAAUCUCCUGAGAAUCACGCUAGGUACACUGAGGCAAGACAACAAACUAGGUAAUAAGGCCAUUUGCUUUCACGUACUGAUAGUCUCAAUGCAUCAUUGUCAAAAUUACAUUUGCUUUCAACUACGAGCGCAAACGUAGAUUAUAAGAAUAGUUAAAAAGACAAGUUGUAUUUUUGAACAAUAUCAAAAAUACACUGCAUCACUACUCAUGAUUUCGGUUCAUAAAGUUAGCGCUAGCCCGGCACACCCUUUGGUAGGGCUGUGGCUGAGUUCUCAGGUUGCCGGGUCAGGGUAUGUGCAGUUAGUUAGCGGACAAUUGAACAGCAAGGGAUUUCUUUUGGUUCUAUUUUCAGUCUUAGUAGUCUUGAUUCCUAUGAAAAUAGCCGUGGUCAUGCCCAUAGUAGCCUUGCGAAAUCCCCGGUCCUGAAUGACAGCUGCCGUUUCUCGAAAGUCCCGAUAUCUUUUCGGGCCCGAAGGCAAAUUUUGAAAUCAAAACUACUUGAAUAAUAGCAAACUUCCUAGCUCACUAACAGCCAAUUUUGCUUCGUUAACUGAUAGUUUCAAUGCAUCGUUGUCAAAAUUAUUGAAACUUUGAUCUUGAACACAAACACGGCAAACACAGAACAGUUUUUCGGGCUCGAAAAGUUAGCGGGACGUUCGAGAAACGGGCCCCCUGGUCUGACACCACAACCAAAGCGUUUUUUUACUUUUCAGAUACAAGAAAUGGCGAAUCUGCUUUUGGUUUUUCGGUUGGCAUUGUGGUCCGUGGAUCUACCGUUAUGAUCAUGAGUGGUACCUGCAUAUGGGAUGGGGAGGCAGUGGAAACACCUGGCGGAAGGCUAAGGCAUUCUCUGCCUUUGUCGCUAGAAAAUAA